GUACAUCAGUUCAUUAUAUAGGUACCGAAAAAUGUUUUAUAUUGAAUAUGUUAUAUAUUUUUAUAUAUUUUUAUUAUAACAAUUAUUAAAUGUGUAAUUUCGUCGUAGCUAUAAAAGGCAUAAAAAACUAACAAUGAAUAUUCAUGAGACUUUAAGUAAGAAAUCCAUCGGUUACACAAAUUAAUUUUAUCGUGCUACUAUAUAUCGACGUAAUCACCUCUCUAAACCAAUGUUUACGCACUCCAGUCAAAACAUCGAUGUUAUUGUUUACAAUAUCGACUUAUUUUUGUAUUUUUACACACUAACGAGGAUUUGUUUUUAAGGUAAAAAUAGUAAAACGCCAUGUUUAGGAAAUGGCGGGUUUUUCAGUUUUUACUUGGUUUUAGCUUGAGGGAGGUAUCUGUAACUUCACCCAUGUCGCGAUGCUCGGGCGAUGCUUUCUACCGCGUGCUAUGUUUGUCGCUGCUGGCGAUCGCCGUCGCCUUCUGCCUCGUCAUUACCGAUGUCUUCAUUGACAUUGAUGGCUUGAUGCGGGUCAAGAAAGAUAAAAUUCCAAAACUACAUACAACUAUCAAGCCAGUACAAAUAAUAACUUCUAAGGACGGCACUACAGACAAAUACGAUAAUACAGAAAUAAAUUACGAUAUGGACUACAGUUACAGAACAAAAAGAUCUUCGGAAACACAAAACCUGCUCCUUCAAAUGAAACAAUCCAAAAUGAAAAACUUGCUAACUCAUCGUUUAGCGAGGCUGCUGGAUCAAUUGGACGCUGAGGAGACUACAGAAGUCACUUCAAAUAGGAAUACUGAGAGAGUGAGCAUCGAAAAGAGUAAAGAACUGAAAGAAACCCAAAAAGAAGAUAUAAAGCUGAGAACAGACGAUAAAGAGGAUUUGCUACAUUCGGCAAUGCACGAGAUUCUGCUACUGGGUUUGCGAGGACAUUUGGAUUUUAAUGAGGUGUAUGAUAGAAUUCACAAAUUAACAGCCGAUUUUGAUAAAGCGAGUAAAGAAACAGUAAAGACAUUUAGAACGAACGCAGAACCUCCAAAAUCAGAAGAUAUGAAAUAUCCAAGAACAGAUUUAUAUAACGAAAGGAAACUGUUUGAUGAAAUUUUACAUUGCAAGAAGCUACAAGAUGAUAUCACUGAACAUGGUAACAAACUAAAUGGGGAAACUAGAAGAAAAUCUGAGGUACCAAAAAUAAUAAUCAAAACAGUCAUAGACAUAAACUCUUUAAUAGAUGGGAAACGCAAAAUGGAAAAUGAAUCGAAUUCAAGAGAAAACGUUAAAGGUCUAGUGAAAUUGGUAUACAACGGAAAAUCAAUUAAAUUCACUAGAAUAGAAGACGAAGAAACACAAACAAAUAAAAAUAAAGAAAUGAAUCCUAAAUUAGACACUGAACCAAUCAAAGAAACUCCAAAAUACGAUGAAAUAGCAGAUCUUUUAAGCAGAUAUACAUCAGAAACAAAAACUAAUUAUAUUAACGAAUAUUUGAAAAAUUACGAUCACUCAGAAAUCAAAAACACCAAACGUUUAAAACGCCAUAUUAAAAUACGAUACGAAAAUGAUGAGGUUACACAAAAGCCCAAAAAGAAAAAGGAUGAUGACGAAUUAUUUGUUGAGAUCGAAACCCAUUUUGACGGCAAAGGAAUGAAAGGUGAUAAAAAGAAGAAAUUAAUUAGUAACUUAGUAGAGAAGAUACAGAAAGCCAUACACUUAGGUGCCGACAAGAAGGAAAAUAAAAAACCGAAUGUUAUCAUUAAAAAUGAUAAGCAGAAGAAACGUAGACAUAUACACGUUAAAAAGCGAAUACAAAAUCCUUUGACUAGGGAUAACGUAGCCUCAUUAAAAAAUAAUUAUGUAUUGCCUUACGAUGCUAUAAUUCACAGGCAAUUAAAUCCUAUAGCUAAAGCAGUACCUUUACAAGAACCUUUGCCAUACGUAAGCGACAAAUACGGUCAAUCCUGGAACAGAAAGUAUUACGGUCCGGGAUUUCUAGCUGUGACUAAAUCCAUAAAUUCAGCUGAAAUGAGCGAAGUAGAUGUUGACUAUAAUAAAGCUAACAUUAAUGGGGUAUCACAAAGAAUACAAAAACCUUUAAAUAAUGAAAUUACUGAAAAAGACAGUACACCUAAUGCAUAUUAUGAUUUAGGUAAACUUAAAUUCAUUAUGAAGGAUAUUGAUGGCAGUGGUUUUUCAGUUGGUUUUAAUCAAUAUGUUGAUGAGCAACCAGAUCCAGAAACGAUGAAACUUUUUACAGGGCUCGAGAAUAUAUUACAAACAUAUCACCAAAAGUAUGACCAAACUCCAGAGAAUGAAGUCGACAGUACAGAGAAACCAAACGAAAUUCAUGAAGUAGAUUACGAGCAAAAUGAACACACGAUUUCUCGUCGAUCGAUCCAAAGAAAUAAACCUGACCACCAUUCCAAUGAAUAUAAUAGGGUUAUAUUUGAAAAUGAUUUUAUGCCUUAUGAAAAUUAUGAAGAUAUAUUCAAAGGUGCCACGAAAGCAAACAAACUUACUAACAGUCAUAAUCUGGAUAAUCUUAAUACACUAAGAAGUAUUUUUAAAUCUAGAGCAUCACGUUUUGUCGUCGACGAAGAUAUAUUUGGAAAAAAAUUAAAUCCAGCAGAAAUAUUUGGCCUCGCCAAUUUAUUACAAAGAAGGAAACGAAGUAUAAAUGUGCAGAAAAUAUCAAAUUUAAAAAACAAGAUUAAGCUCAAUCGUUAUUUAAACACAAAAGCGAUGGCUACCAAGCGAAUAUUUCUGAACAAAAAGAGAAGUAAAAGGCAAGUAGACAAAGUAAGAAUAAUAGCGACCGACGACUUACCCAAUAUACAUAGACAUUCAGAUGAAAUCUUUGUUGUAUCUGACGAAAAUGUUUUAGCUGACAGAGCAGUUGUUAGAGAAGUCGAAACCCCGGAAAUGGAGCCUGAGAAAGUCAUAGAAGAUCAUUACGAUGUAAUAUCACCCAUGGCACCAAUGCCACUUUUAGAACCAACACCGCAAAUCUCCUAUGGUUACGAAGAACCCAUGGAGCAACCUUUGGUGACAAACGUGUUUGGUGGUAGAUCAAGACAUAAUUCUCUAAUGUCUAAAUAUCCUCAUAUACUAUUGGAGGACCUAGCCAGAUCUAGGGAAGAAGAUAUAGUAGAAAACCCAUACAAUUUUAACAAAAUUCCGGAGCCUCAGCCUAUUGAAAUUCCGGUAAAAACUACGACUGUUGCAACACCGACUAUAAGUAACGUUCCUCCUCCUAAAAUGGAAGAAAUAGUGAAAGCUAUAACGCCAGAAAAUGCCAAAACAAACUACCGAGUCACAGUAAAAAUCUUACCUAAAAAUAUCAGCGACUUAAACUCUGGAUUCAAAGAAAUCCACACUAGUAUCAAUAAGAGUUACAACAGAAAUGGUUUAUUGUAUUCAUCAUUAGUUAAUGUAUCGGAAAUAUCCAAAAUAGUCAAAAUUAAUAAAACUCAUGAGGUUUUAAGGACUACCACUACCCAGUCUCCUAUAAUUACAAAUUUUAGGAGACAACAGGAAACUAUGAAUCAUAUAUUAAGACAGCAUAAACAUCGUAUAGAGGAACAAUUAAAUCAUUUACACAAAGAAAAGGAGAGAUUAGAAAACUUAUCUAUGAAAAAUGAAUCAGAGUUUGAGGAACCAAAACAAAACGAAAUAAUUGAAGUAGUAAUACCGUCGAAUCCACCUAAAGUAAUGCGUUUGACCAAAGAAGAAGUAAGCAGACUUGCUCUUGCUACGCUGAUGAAUUUCAACAAUAGAGAAAUUACAACUACUACUAUGCCUACAACUACAACUACUGUUAUAAUUCCAUUCACAACAGAAUCUCCACAAAUAGAUACAGAAAGAACACAAAUAAUCAACAAAAUGGAACGUAAUGAGAAUAUGACGAAUGAAAUCUUGAAAAAAAUCGACAAAAACACAGAAAUCUUACAAAGUUUUCUUCGAAAAUUGACUGAUAAAAUCAGCACUCCCAAAAUUGAAAAUGACAUUAAAAUAAAAGAUUUUGAAAAUAUGCGAGCAUUUAAACAUAUACCAGCUCCGUUUAAUCAGAUAAUGCCAAACAUGGAAGGGAAUGGGACGCAUGUGGCAAUACCUUUUAUUUAUGCAUACCAACAACCCUAUGCUCUUCCUGUAAACAAACCAGAGGUUCCUGUCGCUAGUGUUGUAUACCACGGACAUAUACACACAAAUACUCUAAACAGGAAACAGGAAUGGCCCGAAAGAACUGCAAAGAAAGAAGUAGAUGACAAAAAAAUGAAUCAAACUAGAUUUUUUAUUGACGAAUUGGAAAACGAUUAUAAAGUGAUUCCUACUAAUAUUAAGAAAGCAUUUUCGAAUGUAAGGAAUAAUACUGGUGUGCAAUAAAUUGUUUUAUAGAGACGU